AUGGACAACACGAGCUCCGCCAUCUGCGCGGGCCGCGAACCCACGUGCGCACACGGCAGGCGGCUUGUCAGUGACCGCGUCUAUGUAGGAACUGCAGACGGAAGCGUGCGGGCAAUCGCCGUGCCCUCGUUGCGUGAUGACGUGCGCCGGCCGAGCGACGCAGAGCUGCCGCUCAUGCGCGUAUACUGGUCCGCUCGAUUGUGUAUACACGCUAUUACGAACGUAUGUGGCGUAGACACAGACGUGAAGCAUACGGACACGCUGCUCGUCGGUAGUGCUGGUGGAGAGCUCGUUGUGCUGCGGGAAGAGUUGGAGGUUCGGCGUUUCCAGCUGGAAGGCGGUGUGCAGGACAUUUGCUACACAGGCAAUGGCGUCUUUAUGGUCGGCGAUGCGCUGGGCAACUUGUACUGUGUGACACAGUACGAGAUUCUAUGGAAGCAACGGCUUCCCGCGAUAGUUGAUGCCGGAAACGACGCUGGUCUGGAUUUUUUCUACCCUGCAGCAACGCAGCCAAUAGUGUACGCGAUCGCGCAAGUCAGGCUGCUCGACGUGGAGCGUACGCUGUCGAACUACGUUCUUGUAGCAAGUGGCCACAAGCAUGUAGUGGUGACCCAUUGUGGUAAAACGUUUGCUGCGAUCCCCACUCGCACACCGAUGACAACGCUGGCUGUUUUUCCGGGAAAAGACGAAGAUAUCGUUCUGGCUGCUGGCGAGGAAGGGUUGAUUUACCGGCUUGUAAGCAAUCGGGACGUCGUGUCGAACGAGAUGCCUGACUUUCGAUUUGCAAUGGAAGUGUGGGUCAAGACGUCGUUUCCCGUCAUGAAGCUUUUGUCGGUGCCGACUCCGUCCAAAGUGAACGUGUCAGAGAUUGCGUGGGUCUGUUUGGGCUCGAAUGGCGAAGUCGCUCUCUUUCGUGGACAAGAGUGUGUAAGGACGUGGGAAGCAGCCUCCUUUUCUACUGCCCGAAGCGCCGCCGCCGAUUUCCCCGUCGACUUGACCCUGCUAGCUAGCGGUGACGCCAGUGAUGUGCGACAAAGUGGAGUCAUCGUGUUUCGAGACAGGAUACACACGUUUCCGAUCGAUCUUAUGGGUCAGCAGUAG